UCCAAUCCAGACUGCGGCUUGUUUUUGUUUAUUUUAGUAGGUUUCUGACGUGCUCCGUGUUUCGGUCUUGUCAAAACUCAAAUGGCAACCUGCUUUGGGUGUAUUCGGCGCUGCUUUAGUUCCAGUGGGUUUAACCCAACUGCUUCCGAUGUUAGCAGGCUACCAAGGGUUACUUUGGACAUGUUGCAUAUGGGACAGGAGGUAGUCAUCGUAAAGAACAGUCAAAGGAUCUGCGGUAGCGGAGCAGCGCUGGCCACAGCGCCGCUUGUCCAAAACAAGUCUUACUUCGAAGUUAAACUCCAACAAACAGGUGUAUGGGGCAUCGGGGUUGCUACUCGUAAAGCUGACCUGAACCGUGUGCCAUUGGGUCAAGACGCGGAAAGCACAGUGCUCACUAGCGAAAGAACGGUACAGCGCAGCAAAGACACCUUACAUAAAGUUCAACAGACUAUUCAAGAAGGGGAUAUCAUUGGUGUCACAUACGACCACUUAGAGCUGAACUUCUACCUAAACGGCACAGAUUUGCACAUUCCAGUCACAGGAAUAAAAGGUGAAGUCUAUCCGGUAUUAUAUGUUGACCAGGGAGCCGUCCUAGACGCAGUAUUUACUGGGUUCUAUCACACGCCACCCUUGGGAUUCGAGCAGGUCAUGGUGGAGCAGUCUCUCCUGUGAGCUACAGCUCUUGACAGGGUUACCAUACUACCCUCUUUGAAUGUGCUCUGUUCAGUCCUUGCUUCACAAUGCCAAUUUUGUGAAGGCUUCAUAGGAGCCAGCACAGAAGGGCAAACACUUCCAGCACAAGGUGCUAGGAACUUGUUUGCGAGUGCCCCUGUGUCGAAAAAACAAAGUUCCAGAGCACAACUUCGUCCUGAAACAGAGCACAUGAAUGUGAUAACGAUCAUUUAGUGCACUGCUUACACAUCCACUUAACAUCUGUGCUCUUUUAUGCUAGUCCAAUCUGGGAAGGGUGUAUAGUAACACAAAUAAUAAUAUAAGUAUAGUGACAUUUCAUAGUUCUUCCCUAGCAAGGUGUAAUGUACUGACUUUUUUUCAGAUUAUUAAUAAGUUGUAACGAGGAUAUUUUGUUUUUACAACCUGAAGAAGUGGAAGAGUUUUUCGAUUGAAAUGAGCUGUGCUCGUGCAUGUUCUGGUUUCGCACUGUAGAAUACUACCACAUCUCACAAAGUGUCCAGUGCCAUGGGGAAGCACCCAUAUUCCCACUUGUCUUAUGUCGUUAUUCAGUUCUUUGCCAAGUAUGAUACAAGUAAGAUAAGCAUCCAAAAUGGGUAGAGAUGAUUGUGUAUGUUAUAAGUAAGGCCUGACUUUUUAGGGUUAAACCCGUAUACGCCCGAUAUUUACCCCCCGAACGCAAUCUGUAAAAUUUGGGUUUAACCCAAAUCUACCUGAAAACAUCCAGGUCGUGUGGCACACUCAUAAGCGUGCUUUAAAAUAAAGUUUGAUAACAUUGCUAAACAUUAGUUCCAUGUUAAGACAAAUUUUUAUUAAACAAAAAAAAAUCGCCCGAAUGCACCCGAAUUCCUGACGACAGAAUAUGCCGUGACGGGAUUUAACCCGAAUACACCCGAAUUUUCAAAUGAAAAAUAUCACCCGAUAUUUACCACCCGAAUCUGGCCAAAAAUAAAACCUGAAAAAGUCAGGCCCUAGUUAUAAGGAAAACAUUACAACAGAGUAAAGUCCUAGUAAAGAUGACCUAAGGCACACAAUAUCAACAUUUUUGCCCCCCACUGUGUUCAUCAACGCAACAAAAAAAACUGGUGCUUCACAGAGAGUUUCGUCAUUAAUAGGCGAUUUCAGAUAUUGCCCUUGUGCUCCGCACGGGGGCCCUCCGUCGCCCAAGUCACGCGCAUCGCGCAAUGCGUCGUGGGAAAUGGUUUACAUUCGCGCUCCUCUGCCUGUUGCUCGAAGGUGCGGGAGGUGAAGGAGAGAGAAAACCGAAACCGUCUGCGCUCUUCUUCUUCUCUCUGACUCAUGAAAACUAAAUCCCAAGGUGCAGCGGGGCUUUCGCAACGCGGCGCUCUCUGGUGGGCCAUCCAUGCAAUUUCUGAAAUCGUCUAUUGGUGGGUCGAAGGUUUCUUAUAGAAGGUCUGUUGAACGUUGUGUAAAUGAAAGUGUACCCUUUACCUCAUUCCAUCAUGUUCUCAAGGGCACAGCCUAAGAAAUGCGGCAGUUCUUCUGUCACGGCUUGUCGUGCAAAACUUGUGCAAAUAAAAAUGGUUUAGAGAAGUGUA